GAGUAGCCACAGGGCAGCGGCGGGACAUGCCUGCACCGGGCAUGGGACUGCUGAACCAACAGCGCUCUGGCGGACCGCUUGGGACACCCGCCCGGAGGCAGGUUGGCACUGGCGCUGCCUGGAGGUCAGCCACUCAUUGUACCCCGGAGGAACUGGGUCCCACGGGGGCAUACGGCUCGCCCACCGGCACGCGUUAGGAGGCGAACACCUGCAUCCAGCUAGGUGUUCCGAGCGCAGGCCAGGGCUAGGGACUGCUCUGCCACCUUCUUCUCAUUCUUCCUGUAAGAACACUGUCUAUCUCGGACAAAAAGGAUCCACCUGACAGCAAGUGGUAUCGUCACACAGAGGUAACAGGGAAGUUAGGGAUCCUCCUGAGAAUCUGACAAAAGUUGGUGCCCCCUCCCCAUAGUGGCACUCAGAAAACUGCAGGUGAAACUACAAAUGGCGGAGGCACUCACAGGCUUCCUGGGGUCCGUCCAUUGAUCAGAUACCAGGUUAAGAAAUUCUGUCCUGAUUGGAGCCUAGACGGCAGCGCAAAGAAACCAGACGGACUUGGAAAGAGAGCCAGGGACUCCCUCCUCCCUCCAAACACAGCCAGCGUUUCAUCUCGGAUUGCGGGAGGGGCCUGGCGGAAGGUGGAGGAGAGGUGGAGCGCCUGGAUGGGGCCCUCCCCAUUCUCCUGGCCCCAACCCCAGGACGCCUGGCUGCGGAGGGCUCGAAAGCGAGCAGCGAACGCCCAAAGCCUGGGUGGCGGGAAGGUGGCAGCGCCCUGUAGCUUUUCCUUUGCAUUUUUCUUUAAAUCGUGAGCUCCGGAGCUAUCGUUUCGACCGCUGCUUUCCGGUCUCCACCUCCACCUCCCAGUUGGCUGGCUCGCCCUUCCCCCACCUCCCCAUCCCAACCCCCCCCAUCCCCACCCCCAUCCCCACCCCCAUCCCAGCCGCGUGCCCGACCCUCGGCCUCCAGCCCCGCCUCCUUCGCCGCGGGGUUUCACCCGCGGCAGAGUGAAAUCUGCAUAGUGACCGCCCCCUCGGAGCUCAUUGGUGCAGCCCCGCCCAUCGCGGCAGGUGAUUGGUGAGCCGCCGGGGAUUAUUUGCAUGUCGGACGCAGCCGGGUACCCAGCUGUGCUGCCGGCCGGCGCAGCGCAGAAGUUUGCAGAGCGCUUUCUCGCCGGCUGGUCCCGGACUCGCGCUGCGCCCUGCACCCUGCGCCGCCGCCUCCUCCUCCUCCUUCUGCCGCCGCCGCCCUGUUCUCCCGGGAUUCCUUCUCUGUGGAGGACUGACGCUCUGCUUGUGGGAAUUAGAGGUGGACAAGGGGGAGUGCCGGGGGGUAGCGACGGGGGUCUUUCCAGUGACAGCUGCGAGUCGGGACGCCGGGAGCGUGGGGCUCCUGCUGGCCACGGAUCUCGCCCACCUUCCCGCGGCCUCCGGGCAGGCAAUGCGGCCGCCGAGCCCCGCGACGCAGAGAGGAAGGAGGGUGGCCCGGAGAGCCUAGAGCUUGUUUCUGCCCACUUGGGAAAGAGGGCAUGGAGUUGUGAGUGCCCCUCGCUCGGCGACGCCGCCCUCGGCAGCCUCCCCAUGGCCGGGACGUACAGCUCGACUCUGAAGACGCUGGAGGACUUGACCUUGGACUCCGGGUAUGGGGCCGGGGACUCGUGCCGCUCGCUCAGCCUCUCGUCCUCCAAGUCCAACUCGCAGGCGCUCAACUCUUCGGCGCAGCAGCACCGCGGGGCGGCCUGGUGGUGCUACUCCGGCUCCAUGAACAGCCGCCACAACAGCUGGGACACGGUGAACACGGUGCUGCCCGAGGACCCCGAAGUGGCCGACCUCUUCUCGCGCUGUCCGCGGCUCCCCGAGCUGGAGGAGUUCCCCUGGACCGAGGGAGACGUGGCCCGGGUGCUCCGCAAAGGCGCUGGCGGCCGGCGGCUGCCCCAGUUCUCCGCCGAGGCGGUGAGGCGCCUGGCCGGGCUGCUCCGCAGGGCACUGAUCCGCGUGGCCCGCGAGGCGCAGCGCCUGAGCGUGCUGCACGCCAAGUGCACCCGCUUUGAGGUGCAGAGCGCCGUGCGCCUGGUGCACAGCUGGGCGCUGGCUGAGAGCUGCGCGCUGGCAGCCGUCAAGGCGCUGUCCCUGUACAGCAUGAGCGCCGGCGACGGGCUGCGCCGGGGCAAGUCCGCUCGCUGCGGCCUCACCUUCUCAGUGGGCCGCUUUUUCCGCUGGAUGGUGGACACCCGAAUCUCCGUGCGCAUCCACGAGUACGCAGCCAUCUCCCUCACCGCCUGCAUGGAGAACCUGGUGGAGGAGAUCCGGGCCAGGGUGAUGGCCAGCCAGAGCCCUGAUGGCGGAGGGGCCGGAGGCGGGGAGGUGUCUGCUGAGGCCCUGGAGAUGGUCAUCAACAACGACGCCGAGCUCUGGGGCGUCUUGCAGCCCUAUGAGCAUCUCAUCUGCGGCAAGAACGCCAAUGGUGUCCUCUCCCUCCCCGCAUACUUCAGCCCCUACAACGGCGGGUCCCUGGGCCAUGACGAGCGAGCCGAUGCCUAUGCCCAGCUGGAGCUCCGGACCCUGGAGCAGUCCCUCCUGGCCACCUGCGUGGGCAGCAUCUCGGAGCUGAGUGACUUGGUCUCCCGUGCCAUGCACCACAUGCAGGGGCGUCACCCCCUGUGCCCGGGUGCCAGCCCUGCCCGCCAGGCCCGCCAGCCGCCACAGCCCAUCACUUGGUCCCCCGACGCCCUCCACACGCUCUACUACUUUCUGCGGUGUCCACAGAUGGAGUCCAUGGAGAACCCCAACCUGGACCCCCCGAGAAUGACCUUGAACAAUGAACGGCCCUUCAUGCUGCUGCCGCCCCUCAUGGAGUGGAUGCGCGUGGCCAUCACCUACGCAGAGCACCGCCGCAGCCUUACCGUGGACAGCGGCGACAUCCGGCAGGCAGCCCGGCUGCUGCUGCCUGGUCUGGACUGUGAACCUCGGCAGCUCAAACCCGAACACUGUUUCAGUUCCUUCCGGAGGCUGGAUGCCCGAGCAGCUACUGAAAAAUUCAACCAGGACCUGGGUUUCCGCAUGCUCAACUGUGGGAGGACAGACCUCAUCAACCAAGCCAUCGAGGCCUUGGGUCCGGAUGGGGUUAACACCAUGGAUGACCAGGGUAUGACGCCACUGAUGUAUGCCUGCGCUGCUGGGGACGAAGCGAUGGUCCAGAUGUUGAUUGAUGCUGGGGCAAACUUGGACAUCCAGGUUCCAAGCAACUCCCCCAGGCACCCUUCCAUCCACCCCGACAGCCGGCACUGGACCUCACUGACAUUCGCUGUGCUGCAUGGACACAUCUCUGUGGUCCAGUUGCUGCUGGAUGCUGGUGCCCAUGUCGAGGGCUCGGCAGUGAACGGCGGCGAGGACAGCUAUGCGGAGACGCCCCUGCAGCUGGCCUCUGCGGCAGGGAACUACGAGCUGGUCAGUUUGUUGCUGAGCCGAGGUGCCGACCCCCUCCUCAGCAUGCUGGAGGCCCACGGCAUGGGCUCCUCCCUCCACGAGGACAUGAACUGCUUCAGCCACUCAGCUGCCCACGGCCACAGGAACGUCCUGAGGAAGCUCCUGACGCAGCCGCAGCAGGCUAAAGCGGACGUGCUGUCCCUGGAAGAGAUCCUGGCCGAGGGUGUGGAGGAAAGUGAUGCGUCGAGCCAGGGCAGCGGCAGCGAGGGGCCCGUGCGGCUGAGCCGGACCCGUACCAAGGCCCUACAGGAGGCCAUGUACUACAGCGCUGAGCACGGCUAUGUGGACAUCACCAUGGAGCUGAGGGCACUGGGAGUCCCCUGGAAGCUGCACAUCUGGAUCGAGUCUCUGAGGACCUCGUUCUCGCAGUCGCGGUACUCGGUGGUGCAGAGCCUCCUGCGGGACUUCAGCUCCAUCAAAGAGGAGGAGUACAACGAGGAGCUGGUGACCGAGGGCUUGCAGCUCAUGUUCGACAUCCUCAAGACCAGCAAAAACGACUCCGUCAUCCAGCAACUGGCUGCCAUCUUCACCCACUGCUAUGGCAGCAGUCCCAUCCCCAGCAUCCCAGAGAUCCGGAAGACCCUGCCGGCCAGGCUAGAUCCACACUUUUUGAACAAUAAGGAGAUGUCAGAUGUGACCUUCCUGGUGGAAGGAAAGCUGUUUUAUGCACAUAAAGUCCUGCUGGUGACAGCUUCUAACAGGUUCAAGACACUAAUGACCAAUAAAUCAGAACAGGAUGGGGACAGCAGCAAGACCAUCGAGAUCUGCGACAUGAAGUACCACAUUUUUCAGAUGAUGAUGCAGUAUCUGUACUACGGAGGAACAGAAUCCAUGGAGAUCCCCACCGCUGACAUCCUGGAGCUGCUGUCAGCUGCCAGCCUGUUCCAGCUGGAUGCCCUGCAGAGGCACUGCGAGAUCCUGUGCUCCCAGACCCUCAGCGUGGAGAGUGCCGUGAACACCUACAAAUAUGCCAAGAUCCACAAUGCCCCAGAACUGGCCCUGUUCUGUGAGGGCUUCUUCCUCAAGCACAUGAAGGCCCUACUGGAGCAGGAUGCCUUCCGGCAGCUCAUCUACGGCCGCAGCAGCAAAGUGCAGGGCCUGGAUCCACUGCAGGACCUGCAGAACACCCUGGCAGAGCGCGUGCACUCUGUCUACAUCACCUCCCGGGUGUGAGGCAGGGGGCGGAGGCUGCCGAGGCCAGGGCCUGUGGAGGUGCCAGGGCCCACCAUGUCGGGGUAUGGUUGUAGGCCCUCUUGGAGCCAGGUUCACGGGGCUGUUUCCUCCUCCUUCCCCAGAUGUCCCCCCUGUCACAGGGCAGCUCACCCUCAUCUCCUCUGCCCUAGAGCUGUUUGUUCAAUCACUGAUGGGCAAAGGGGAGAUGUAGCUAACUGGUGGCCCUCCUCCCCAUCUCAGUUUGCAACUCAAGGGCAGCCAUGCACUCCCCCUGGGUGUCGCUCUCCCCUCCUGCAGGUCAGCAGCUGAUCCUGAUCCACCUCCGCCCAGGCCCUCCAAGCUCUACUCACCCCUAGGGCCUCAGUAAACUCAGACCAUCCCAACUGGGGCUCCUGGGGGUAUAGGAAUCCUUAUGAAUGUAUAGAAUGCAUACUGCCUAGGCCCCCAGUCGUCUACAGUAAUUCAAAAGCUGGUAUUUUUCUUCCUAAAUGUCACAUAGCAAAGGCUGCCCAAAUCCCCAAACUUGUUCUUCAAAGGUUUGACAGGCUUAAUGUGGGCAUCCAGUGGCCUGUGGACCCCCCCUGCCACCACGACUGCUGCCACCCGGAGUCCCAUUGUCUUUGGUGCCUGGGCUUCCAGAGUCCCUCCCAUCAGGACUACCAGCUUGCUCAGCAGCAGAGGGCAGUUCCCCAGCUUGAUGGUUUCUGAGCUAAGUCUGGCAUGGAGGGGCAAGGGGGUAGGGGAUGGGGUGCUGUGUAGGAAUGGCCUCAGCUCUUGUUUUGCUGCUGGUUUUAGGGGCCAAAGUAAAUGGGUGGAUUCUGGAACCUCAGGCCUAGACUAGGUUGCCUUUGUGGGGGCGAUGAAGCAGAGUCCCCUGGUCAAGUCUCUCGGCUCCUUUAAUGUAGGAUUGAGAGCUGGGCAAACACGUCCCACUGGGGACUGUGACUCUUGGAGAUUAAAGGACAGGGCAUUGAUGGAAGGUAAGGGCCGGGAGAAGAGGCCUUUCUGCUGUGUCCCCUCACGGCCUUGCCCUCGAAUUCUGCAGGCCCUGGGCUCCCCUGACAAACACGUCCCACUGGGGACUGUGACUCUUGGAGAUAAAGAAGAGGGCAUUGAUGGAAGGUAAGGGCCGGGAGAAGAGGCCUUUCUGCUGUGUCCCCUCACGGCCUUGCCCUCGAAUUCUGCAGGCCCUGGGCUCCCCUGACACCUGUCAUAUUUAUGGACCAGACACUGGGGCAGCAUCAGGCACAGCCUGUCUGGGUGCAACUUCUUCAGCUGUCUGGCCGCACCUUAAAAACUAUUUAUUCACCAAAAGCCCCAGGCAUUUCAGAAGGUGUCACUCAGGUCACCCUGAAAAGCCCCCAGGGGCUUGCAAUUCUGGAAAAUAUUUUGACUAGCUGCUUGGCUGGAUGUACAAAGAAAUAGGCAUUAUUUUAUUGCUGUAAUAUUGUAUGAUACUUUAACUGUACAAUAAUGUUGUCACUUACUGUAAAUGUACUAUGGUUUUAUUAACAAUAAACACUCAUUAACAAUGA